AUGGCUGUCGCUAUUCUGGCCCCUCGGCGCCGCCCCCACGCCGCCAAUGAACCGUCCAAAGAGUAUCACCGAGGAGGAGGAAACGGCGGCAAGAUGCGGAUCGGCGUCGUCGACUCGUACAGGAUCCUCAAGAAGAUCGCCCAGGGAGGAUACGGCGCCGUCUGGAAGGCACUGCACGUCGAGUCCGGCGAGCUCGUCGUCAUCAAGUCGAGCCUCCACGACGUCGGCGAGGCGGCGGCGCUGCUGCGCGAGGCCGCCAUGCUCGCCGCGUGCGCGGGCAACCCCGAGGUGGUGCGGCUCAGGGAGCUGCUGGCCGGCGUCUCGACGAUGCAUGCGCACGGCGUCGUCCACCGCGACCUCAAGCCCGGGAACGUGCUCGUCAGCGCGGAAGACGGACACCUCAAGAUCUGCGACCUGGGUCUCGCCACGUCCGUGGUCGCGCCGCUGCUCACGGACGACACGGAUCCCGAAGGCACGCCUGGGUACAUGGCGCCGGAGCUGCUUAUGGGCGAGAAGGACUGCGGCGUGCCCGUCGACGUGUGGGCGCUCGGAUGCAACAUGGCGGUCCUCGUCACCGGGCAACCGCUCUUUCCGGAGGAAGACUUGGGUCAGCAGCUCAUCAGCAUCGUCAACCUCCUAGGGAUCCCAGACGACGUCUCGUUGAUGCCACUGGGUGUCUCGGGGCCCAGCAAGCUGCGCGAGAGGGUGCCGAAGGAGAGGCUGUCGCAGGAGGGAUUCGACGUCUUGGAAGGUCUGCUGGAGUACAACCCCAAGGACAGGCUCACCGCCGUUGACGCGCUGAAGAUGCCGUGGUUUGCAGCCAAAGAUGACUGA